AUGUCCGCUACAGUUUUCCUCUUAAUCGCGAAUGUCGUUCAAUUUCUGGCCAACCUUGGGGAUAUCGUGUAUCCUCCUCUUGGGAUUUUCGCGACGUUUUGGACGCUUCGAAGACAAUCUGACUCGGACAACGCCACAAUUAAUCCGACUCGGACACCGCCUCCGAUAGAUACCGACGAGUUUUCCUCAACUUUGAUUGAUUCAUCCACUGCCAUUCCGACGCCAGAAGAGCCUCCUGAGAGUUGGGUCAAGGCUUGUAGAACGUCUUUGAAGGAGAUAUUGGAGAACCUAGAUGAGAUAUUGGAGAAGGGUGUACUGGACGGUACCGAGACGAAGAAGAGAUUUGUGCAGCUCAUUGACAUGCAGGAAAGCUUGGGGAUUACGGUUUCAAACCUUGUUCGCUGUGUUAAGGAUGGAAUAAACCUUGAUAUCCGGCGUAAUACCGUGCACAGUUUGAUAGAACUGGAACAAGAUGUUGAUGACUUUGCGAAUACCAUUGAACGAUCUAGGAUGAAGCGUGAAGUGCGCUGUGAUGAGCUUUCUGAUGCGGAGGAGGGGUGUCCUUAG